AAAGGAGUAAUGAGCGUUUAAACGGAAGAGAAGAGAGGACGAUAAAUAAAUAAAUACGUUUUCAAAACUCAGCCCUUGUCAAAAAAGUUGCUGAAACCUCGAACAAAAUGCAAUUAUUAUCCAUACAAAAUUCAAACCUAAAAAUUACGAACCCUAGCGCUAAUUUGUAACCCUAAACUUCAAAUUUUUAACUCCAAUCCAAAAUUCCUGUUUAUUCAAACACUAGGGUUUCUUUCGCAGUGAUAUAAUGGACGAAAAAGUUGCAAAAUGGAUUAUAGAAUUCCUUCUGCGAAAACCAAUCAUCGACGAGAGGAUUAUCGAUGGCGUACUCUCAUGUCUUCCUUUUUCCAUCAAUGAUUACCGGUUAAAGAAAACGCUUCUUUUGCGAAAAAUUGAUUCGGAAACUACGAAUGGUUCCGUAUCCGAGAAGCUUCUCGAAUUACUUGAAACAGUUGAGGAAUUGGAUCAUAGAGAGGGGAAAACAGCGUCGGAUAAAUUGAAAGGUGCGUAUUGUGCGGUUGCUGUGGAUUGUACUUUGAGAUUUUUGGAGGAAAUUGUGGAAGAGAAUGGUAAGUAUUUUGAAGCAGUGGAAAAAAUUUGGAGAAAUAGAGUUUGUCAUAUGGAAGGUUUGGCUUCAGAUGAGUCGAAUCAUUGGUUGCAAGAUAUCGAAGCUGCGAUUUGGAAUUCCGAACUUCGUGAAAAGAUUUUGAAGAGGAAUACUAGGAACGAAGCUUUGAAAGCUGUUAGAGGUUACUUGAAGGAGGCUUGGAAGAGUAUGGGACCUGCAUUUCUUGAAUUGGUGGCUGCAAAGGUUGGAGACGAGUUGGAAAAGCUUCUUUGUGAUGCUGUUGUCAGUUCGGGUAACCCUUGCCGUGAAUUGGUUGCUUUUCAAGGAAUGCAAAAGGGUCAGUCUUUAGUUAGGCUAAAACAUAUGGCAGUGAAGACCUGUCGCACAAUGGACGAUAAGCUCCCGAUCUGCACAAUGGACAAAUGCCAAGCUCAUCAAUGUAGUUCCUCUGCAAGUGAUCUGCAACCUGAUGCUUGUCAAGCAGCUUGUGCACCUUCUGUUACAAAGGUGACAGACAACUCCAAUGACGUGAAAGCGGCAGCAAACGGGUUUAAUCCUGAUAUACAUUCAUCUGAAGUAACCAGAGUGCAAGAAUGUAAUUCCUUUGUGAAUGAUCUGCAACCUGAUGCUUGUGAUGCAGCUCGUGCACCUUCUGUCACAAAGGUGAUAGAUAACUCCAAUGAUGUGAAAACGGCAGAAUACGGGACUAAUCCUGUUAUGCAUUCACCUGGAGUAACGAGAGUACAUGAAUGUAGUUCCUCUGUCAGUGAUCUGCAACAUGUUGCAAGUCAAGCAGCUCGUGCACCUGAUGUUACAAAGGUGACAGACAACUCCAAUGAUGUGAAAGCUGCAGAAAACAGGACUAAUCCUGUUAUACAUUCACCUGAAGUAACCAGAGUGCAAGAAGCACUUAGAUUGAGUGCCAGGGAGCUGCGUGCAGCUGUCACAGAUCCUCUCCCAGAAGCAGUUGAAAUGGCCAAGAGUGUGUGUUCUAAUGCGGGGACACACAACCAUGAGGCUGUUGUAGGAAACCAGAAAGGAGCAGAGGCAUGUAUUGUCCCUGAAGUGGGCAGGGCGCAGCAAGCACAUGAAACUAGUUCCACGGAAGUGCAUCCUACUGGGAAGAACCCUAGUGCGGAUGCUUCUCAGAGAAUUGAGAAGGUGUCAUCUAAAACAGCAACAAACAAUGUGAAUAAUGAUGCUAUGUUAGCAAACCAGACACAACCAGGAAGCCAUGCACCUAGAGGGUCCACUGAGAAAACCCCUGAAAAGGUAGAUAAAGAUGACCUCGUGGAUGAGAUCGAAGACAGUGAUACUAACUCUCGAAAGCAACUGCGUAAACGCAAGCGUAAUCUCAUGGAGCCCAAUAGCACUAGUCAUACUAUGGAGUGGGAUGAUUCAAAUGAUAACGAGCGCAGAGAAUUCCGUGUUCGCUUACCUGCCUCUACUUCGAGGAGUAAGGUAUCACCUUUAAAUCUGUAUGUAGAAAAAAAAUUUGUUGUUAGGAGAGUGAGGAAGAGAUGGACUCCACAAGAAGAAGAUGCAUUGAGGGAAGGUGUGAAGAGGUUUGGCAGAAGUUGGAAAAAUAUUUUGGAAUGUUACAGGGUAGUAUUUGAAGACAGGACAGAUAUAGACUUAAAAGAUAAGUGGCGAAACAUGACUAGAUAAGUGUCUUAAUGCUCAGUCUUUUGUUCGGCAAACCUUAAAGGAGACGAUUGAUUCAAGGCCAUAGUUUUUCAUCUACGUAAUCUUCCUAUUCAUGGCCUUUUUGAUCGUUGUAAUCUUCCUUUUUUGUUGUUAAUACUAUGUAACUUUCCUGUCCUUGUAAAUGUAUUAUGCACAUGGAACCGAACAUUCUGUCAAAAUUUCAGGUUGUUUUGGCAAGUGUAUACAAGUAAUGUUUGUACUUUGAAUGAUGGCAAGUACACAAGCACUCCCAUGUUUGCACUUUGUA